AUGGCACCGCCGCCCACGUUCCUCCUCCCCCUCCUCCUCCUCCUCCUCUCCUCCGCCGCCGCCGCCGCUCCCGCCGCCGCCGCCAACUCCUCUGCCUCCCCGCCACACGCCAUUUCCCCCACCGCCUCCCCCUCCCCUGCCCGCAACCACAGCCUCUCCCCCACCACCACUCCGGCCGCCCCCGCCCCCGCCACCGCCACCGCCACCCCCUCCCCCUCCGCCUCCCCCGCCGCCCUCCCCACCCCCUCCUCCUCCUCCUCCGCCCUCGACCCGAAGCAGCUGCAAGCCCUGGAGUCCCUCAACAUCCCGCUCCCCAAGGACCCCUGCUCCGCCCAGUCGGCGGCCACCGCCUGCGACGCCGGCAAGCCCUUCCGCCACCUCACCUCGCUCCUCCUCGCCAACUGCUCCCCGGACGACGUCGCCCUCUCCUUCACCGCCCUCAAGUCCCUCUCCACCCUCCGGUCCCUCUCCUUCCUCAACUGCCCCGUCGCCGCCCCCGCCCGCCUCCCCGCCGACCUCGCCGCCUCCCUCCGCUCCUUCUCCUGCGUCCGCAGCCUCCGCCACCUCACCGGCGUCUGGCUCUCCCGCCUCCAGAACCUCACCGAGCUCACCGUCUCCGGCGUCCCCGUCAACGCCUCCGGCCUCUACGUCAUCCUCGGCAACGUCAAGAACCUCAGGUCCCUCGCCAUCUCUCGCGCCAAUGUCACCGGCUAUGUACCCAAGCACUGGCACCUCAACACCAGCCGCAUCGAUCUGUCAGGUAAUCAGCUCAAGGGGCGGAUACCCACCUCGAUUACUUUCCUCGAAAACCUCGAAUUGUUGAAUCUUUCUUCGAAUGCGCUCGCCGGAGAGAUACCCGCCGAGAUCGGCAACUUGAUCUCGCUCAAGAACCUGUCUUUGGGGUCCAAUUCGAUCUCCGGGAGCGUCCCGGAGUCGAUGUCUGCAAUCCCAGGCCUUGUCCACGUUGAUCUGGGCUCGAAUCAGCUGAACGGGACGAUUCCCAAGUUCUUCACCGAGAUGAAAAGUCUCAAGUACUUGAAUCUUGAGAAGAACAACUUCCAUGGGAUCAUGCCUUUCAAUGAGUCUUUUAUCAACAAACUGGUGGUCUUCAAGAUUGGGGACAACAGCAACUUGUGCUAUAACCACACUGUCAUGUCGUCGAAAGUGAAGCUCGGGAUCUCGCCUUGCGACAAGCACGGGCUCCCGCUGUCACCUCCGCCGGCAAAGGCGGACUCGUCUGCAGAUGAUAGCAGCUCGUCAGACAACAACGACGGUGAUGACAGCGAUUCUUCUGGCAAGAGUGGUCGCCACCACGGGCCAAAUAAGGUGGUUCUCGGUUUCGCGAUCGCGCUUUCUUCCAUUGUGUUCCUUAUUGUGUUCCUGGUUCUCCUAUCUAGAUGUUGUAAAUGAUACAUAUACGAGAACUUGCCGUUGCCAAAUUAGGAAUUAUAGAAGUAGGGAAGAAAGUUGCCAAGUUAGCGAUGAUUUAAUUGUUUGAUUCAUAUACACGAGGGUCUUCAUGAAGAGGGUCAAUUGCAGAGGGGGGGAUAACACAAGAUUGGGGAGAGAAUUGCAGGGGGUGAUAUUUCCAUUGAUUAUUUCCUAUGUUUGUCUGGGUAUUGUGUGUUAUAUAACUCAUAAGGUGGUUGUUUUGCUAGCGAGGGAUACUAGUAUAUAUGCCCUGUGAAAAUGUUAUCGCCAGUUGAGCUUGAAAGUUGAAAGAUUCAUUCACUUUAAA